AUGAAAUUUUAUCACUCAUCAUUUGUUUCGAAUUUGACAAUACUGUCUUUGUUCUUGAAUAUUUAUGGCGCUUUUUCGGAUAAUAUUUAUGAAUGCCCAAGCGGUGACGAAAUUUCUCAUAGCCAGAUUUAUUCAUCUGACAAUAUGGAAAGAUUUGAUAAAAUUCGGUUUACAACAAUAGAGGAAAAAGUCUAUCAAAAGACGAAUUUACCACGCAGUGAUAGAUAUAAGGUAUUGAAUGUGUAUUCUAAUCGAAGGAUAGAAACAACUUAUGCUGUCUUUAAUGAAGAGAAGCAAAUGGUUAUGUUAUACCAAUAUCGCCUCGUAAAUUACCAAGAAUUCAUCGAGGAAUGCUACUACUCUAGACAGGGAUAA